GCUGGCACAAUUUCGGGUUGCCCCAUAAAAGAUCAGUGUCACUGUGCCAAGGGUGAGUGGCCUCCUUUCGCUUCGGAGCGCAGACAAAAGGGCGCGGCCGGGUUUAUGCCGUUUGAAAUACGCGGAUCGUCCUUCUUCAUGUUUCGCUUUCGCUCCCGUCGUAUGUUACAUCAUCUCGUUUGCUAUAAAGAUGACGACGUGCCCUAAUCGCAACUCUGGUUCCAGGCCCUGUGAUAUCAUCAAAUCCUCCUCCACGCUAACUUUAAAGUUUCCCACGCUGACCUUGGCAUCCACUGUAGCCAGUAUCCUAACCUCUCUCGUCUUGUCUCAUUGGCUUUUUUGCCCUAAUCUCUCGCUAUUCGCCUUUCGUUGUCCCCCUUUCCCUCUUCUUCUCCCUCUUCUUCUUCUACAAUCCCCUCUGCUUGGUUGAUCCGGCCAACCUCGUCCGCCUGUCGCCGUCAUGUUGAACGACGUCUUUGAGUAUAUCGAGGGGCUUCCCGUCCAGGCCACUUCCAGGCCAAUCCCCUUCAUCGUCGCAUCUGCCGUGGCUGUUGGUGCCACAAUUUACUGGCGAACCACCCCCCGCCCCAAGACACACUUUAUCAACCCAAAGGGCACAUUUGAGUUGACGGAUAAAAACGCCAAAGAUUAUUAUGCAGCCAAUGGAAAGAAGGAUGUCCGUCAGUGGUUUAAGGAACACCCCGACGAGGCUGUGACCUUGAACGCCGACUUUGGUCGCAUCACUGUGCUCCCGAACCACAUGGCUAAUGAAAUCCGCAACGACCCUCGCCUGGAUUUCUCGGAGCUCACCCGUCGCAUGUUCCACGCAAAUCUCUCUGGCUUCGAAGCUUUUCGUGCUGGUGAACACAAUGACGCUGUAAAGUCUGUCGUCAUGCGAGACCUUACCAAACAGCUGUCCAAGGUGACUGAGCCGCUUGCCGAGGAAGCCAGCCUUGCGAUAAGCGACCUCCUGACUGAAAGCAAAGAAUACCAUGAUAUCCAUCUCAAAGACACCAUCCUGCGCCUCAUCGCCCGCAUUUCCUCCCGUGUCUUUAUCGGCAUCGAACUCUGCCGCAACGAGGACUGGCUCCGCAUUACCAGAGAAUACACGGUUGCCUCGUUCCAGGCUGCUCAGGAGCUCCGACUCUACCCAUGGAUCUUCCGCCCCAUUGCCAACAUGUACCUGCCAACUUGCCGCAAGAACCGCGAGCUUCUAGCAGAGGCGCGCGCCAUCAUUCGCCCAAUUAUUCAGAAGCGUGCACAGGAUAAGGCUGCAGCUGCCGAGCGCGGCGAAACCCUCAAGUUCAACGACGCAAUUGAAUGGUUCGAGCAGAUGCACCAGGGAAUGGCCUUUGACGAAGCCAUGCCUCAGCUGAUCCUCUCUGUUGCUGCUAUUCAUACCACAAGUGACUUGCUCUCUCAAACUAUUACGGAUCUUGCUCUGCACCCUGAAAUGCUGGAACCCUUGCGCGAGGAAAUCAUCUCCGUCUUGCAGCAAGAUGGUUGGGCCAAAACCUCCCUUUACAAGAUGAAACUGCUCGACAGUGUCAUUAAGGAGAGUCAAAGAAUGAAGCCCAUUGCCGUCACAUCCAUGAGCCGUAUCGUCAAGGAAGACAUGACCCUGUCCAACGGUCUUUUCAUCGGCAAGGGCAACGUCAUCGGCAUUGACGCCAUGGAGGGAGUCUGGGGUACGCAGCACCAUACCGACCCCGAGAAGUGGGAUGGAUACCGCUUUGCACGCAUGAGAGACGAUCCUGCCAAACAGCACCGCGCUCAGCUUGUCAGCACAACUCCCGAGCACCUUGCCUUUGGCCACGGCGAGCAUGCCUGCCCGGGACGCUUCUUUGCUGCCAACGAGGUCAAGAUUGCCCUCAUCAGCCUUCUUCUCAAGUACGACUUUAAGCUGCCCGAAGGAGUCACUCCCAGAGUCUACGAGUAUGGAUUUAGCUUGAGCUCAGACCCCAUGAUGAAGCUGAGCGUGCGUCGCCGAGAGGCAGAGGUUGAGAUUUAAGUUUGUUCUAGUCAUGAGUAGUGCAUUUUGUAUUUUGUAUAUAUAUACUGUUGUGUUUGGCUGUGCAACAGCCUGGGUACGGUGGGAGGAUGUCUUUUUAAGUCACAUUGAUAUUUUGCAAAGCAUUCCCGCAUAAGAAUGGAACAUUAUGAUUUUUUAAGCAUACUAUUAUUAACAAUUGCUCCUGAUAAAAGCGACGUAUCUAACAUUAUUUACUUUGGCCAGGCAACGCCGGCCUGGAUUCUGCUAAACAUGAAUAACAGAAAUGAUUUUACAGAAUAAGAGCAGCGACAACCAUGGCGAGGCCAGCAGCAGGGGCGAACAUGGACUUGGCACCGCCAGUGACAACAGCGGGAGUGCUGCCGCCGCCGUUGCUGCCAUUGCUGCCAUUGCUUCCGUUGCUGCCAUUGCUGCCGUUACCACCGUUGCCUCCAUUGCCUCCAUUGCCUCCAUUGCCUCCGUUUCCACCGUUGCCGCCGUUACCACCGUUGCCGCCGGUGCACUUGGGGCAGUGAGCACCAGUAGGGGUAGUCUGGGUGGUGGUGCUGCAAGACACAGUCACAGUGGUGUCGGUAGGCUUGCCAGUGUUGCUGGCAGUGCCGCUGGCGCUCUGGGAGCCGCUAGCAGUCUUGGAGGCGCUAGCAGUCUUGGAGGCGCUAGCAGACUGAGAGCCGCUGGCAGAGCCGCUGGCAGACUGGGAGCCGCUAGGAGCCGUAGAGCUGGAGACAGUAGAGCUAGGUGCGACAGAGCUGCUGGGGGCGGGAGCAUUGGUGCAGUCGGCGUAAUCAGCCUUGGCCUGGUCGAGGACGGCUCCGAUCUCGUUGGCAAGACCUUCAGCAAUGGGCUUAUAGGCGGGGAGAACGACCUUGGAAGUGAUGGCAUUAAUGAGAGAGCGAGCGGCUCCGUUGAUCUCCUCGAGCUUGGAGCGGACAGUGUCGCAUUCUCUGUACUCCUGGACGACGGUCUUCUUGGCCUUGAACGCGGCAACGAGAGCCUUGGCAGGGUCCUCAAUGCUGGCAGCAGAGCCAGCAACACCGAGGGUAUCAGCCUCAUCGAAGUCAGGGUGAGCAUUGACCUUGGGAACAGCGGUCUUGAUAUCGUUGAUCAUCUUGUCAGCAGCGGCGAUGAGAGGAGCCUUGUCACCGCUAAAGGCAUCGGCAGCAGCCUUGAGGGCGUUGAUGUCAUCAACGUUCUGGGUGAUGAUGGCGAUGAUGUCGGUGACAUCACGGACAGUGAUGCUGGCCGAGGCGGUGGAGGCCAGAAUGGCAAGAACGAGAGAGUUGACCUUCAUUGUGUAAAAGUGAAUUGCAACAAGUAGCGAAGGUAUAUAUGCUUUGGUAGCGAGUGUAUCAACAGCAACGAGGGAUAGGCCAGAGCUUGGUUGGGACGCUUUUCAAGGCUGGGCGCUUGUGAGGGGGAGAGUGGCUGGCAUCUUAUAUACUCUUGUUAGUCGCGGCGAGGCGAGGACGCUCGUCUCCAACGGGAAUACACGUAGCGAGUAAUCGGUAGCGCCACGGCACCUCCACGCGGGGAUGGGCGAGCGGGCGUGGAGAAGGAUACAUGCUGAACGAAGCAUUCCAACAGCCUCGAGAGCAGGCUAACAGUCUGACUUGCACGGGAUACCGAGGCAGCCUGUUGCAGCGGAGGGGAAGAGGCGGCCCAGGUCAGCGUGCUGGGCCAACUGCGAUUGGACAAUGCAGGGUUCAAGG